AUGUUCCACAUCAAUCGUGGCAAUACGUAUGGUUGCAUCACACAGUGGGCGGCCAAAAGUUUCGAGGAUCAUGUUGGUUGGCGAUGCCCAAAUUGCCAGAAUAUCACGCUUGAAAUCCCGCGAGGCUACAAAUGCUUCUGUGGCAAAACAGUGAAUCCACCAACCCAGAGAUUUCCCGAUAUGCCACACUCUUGCAAUAGUACUUGUGGAAAAAGUCGUGGUCCCGGAUGUACUCAUCCAUGCACUGAACAGUGCCAUCCUGGACCAUGUCCUGAAUGCCCGGUGAUGACCACACGUCAGUGUAAUUGUGGCCGAGAGAAGUUUGCGAUUCGUUGCGGCAAAGAAAUGGAGUUCAAGGUUUCUGCUUUUUUUUUUCUUAUAAUUGCCGUUGGGAAAAAGUAA